AUGGAGGGCAGUAUGCCGGCUGCACAACCAGCUCCGGCCAUCUCUACCGCAGCUGUCGACGAACGCGAGCUCCACAACGGCGCUGACGCCGAUGCUGCUGGUGCCAGUAAAGCCACCUCCGAUGCUCCGUCUUCUGCAUCCAACGGAGGCGAUGCUCAACCGUCUAGCAAAGGCUCGAACGAGGCAUCUUCGUCGCCAGAGAUGCCUCCCGUCCAACGCAUCAAGAGCGGUCGAGGUAGCGUCCCCCUCUCCUCGUUCGACCCUCAAGGCAUGGCUGAACUCACCCGUCGUCUUACCGAGCAAUCCAUGCGUGCUCGCUCCCGCACCACCGACGGCGGAGAGGCUGCGAUCGGCUUCGAUCCUUUCGACAAGGAUGGCAAAUUCGAGCUCGAGCGUUUCCUCCGUCUCGUCAUGCAGCAAGCCGAAGGUGCCGGCAACGAGACGCGGCAGAUGGGUCUCGUGUGGCAGAACCUCACCGUCACCGGUCUCGGAACUGGCUAUGCUCUCGGCGACACCGUUGGCUCCCUCCCACUCAAGCCCGUCGAAGCGCUCAAGAACAUCAAGACAUUGCUUCAUCCACCCGUCAAGACCAUUAUCGACAACUUUGAAGGCUGCGUCAAACCCGGCGAGAUGCUGCUCGUCCUAGGACGUCCAGGUGCCGGGUGCACUUCAUUCCUCAAGACCCUCGCCUCCUACAGGGACGGGUUCCAGGACAUCACCGGAACGCUUCUCUACCAAGGAAUGGACCACACCGUCAUCGACAAGCGUCUUCGAGGCGACGUCGUCUACUGUCAGGAAGACGACAUCCACUUCCCCUCGCUCACUGUCUGGCAGACGCUUGCCUUCGCCGUCGCCACUCGAGCGCCCCAAGCUCGUCGUCGACUCAACCUCCUCGAGAGCCAAGACACCCAGACGCGCGAUGGCUACAUCAAGACGCUCGUCGAAGUUUUUGCUACCAUCCUCGGCCUUCGUCACACCUACAACACCAAGGUGGGUAACGACUUUGUCCGUGGUGUUUCAGGAGGUGAAAGGAAACGAGUCAGUGUCGCCGAAACUUUUGCUUCCAGAGCCAAGAUCGCGCUGUUUGACAACUCGUCGCGAGGUCUCGAUUCGAGCACUGCGCUCGAGUUUGUCAAGUCGCUUCGUGUUUCGACCGACAUCGCCAACACUACCACCGUAGCUUCCAUCUAUCAGGCAGGAGAAGGUCUCACCCAGCUCUUUGACAAGGUGCUCGUCAUCAACGAAGGCAGACAGGUCUACUUUGGUCCCACUUCCGAAGCUCCGCAGUACUUCCGAGAGAUGGGCUACAUUCCGCAGGAAAGGCAAACGACCGCCGAUUACCUCGUGGCGUGUACCGAUGCGCACGGUCGCAAACUGCGCGAAGGCUAUGAGAACCGAGCACCCCGCACAGCCGAAGAGAUGGCGCGGUACUGGCAGAACUCACCCGAAGGUCAGAAGAACCGCCAAGAGGUCGAGGCGUACCUGCAAGAGCUCAAGUCCAACGUCGACGACGCAGCCGUCAAGCACUACAAGGCCGUCGCUCGCGAAGAAAAGGCAAAAGGAACGCGAAAGGGAAGCCCCUACAUCAUCUCUCUCCCCAUGCAGAUCCGACUCGCCAUCAAAAGGAGAGCCCAGAUCACCUGGGGUGACAUCCUCACCCAAGUCAUCAUCGCCGCCGCUUCCAUGUUCCAAGCGGUCAUCAUCGGGUCCGUGUUUCUGCUCAUGCCCAAGAAUACCUCGGGUUUCUUCUCGCGAGGCGGUGUGCUCUUCUUCGCCCUGCUGUACAACUCCUUCACCGCCAUGUCCGAGAUCACGGCUGGGUACGCGCAGAGACCCAUCGUCAUCCGUCAUCGACGCUUUGCCAUGAUCCAUCCGUUCAGCGAUGCACUGGCCAACACGCUGCUCGACAUGCCGAUCCGUCUCUUGACGCUGACCACGUUCGAUAUCGUUCUCUACUUCAUGGUCGGGCUCCAGUACACGGCCGGUCAGUUCUUCGUGUUCUACAGCACUACGGCGCUCAUCACUUUUACGAUGGUCGCCUUCUUCCGCAUGCUCUCGGCAGCGACCAAGUCCGAGUCUCUAGCGACCAUGAUCGGAGGACUUGCGAUCAUCGAUUUCGCGCUUUACACCGGAUACGUGAUCCCACGGCCGUCGAUGGUGGUCUGGUGGAAGUGGCUUUCGUACUGCAACCCCGUCGCGUUUGCGUUCGAAAUCCUGCUCACCAACGAGUUCAGAACGCUCAACGUCCCCUGCGCUAACUUCAUCCCCAUCGGUCAGGCCUACGCAGACGUCUCGAACGAGUACAAGACGUGUGCAGUCGCAUCGGCUCAACCAGGCCAGGACAUCAUCAUCGGAUCCGACUACCUUGCGCAAUCGUUCAACUACAGCUGGUCCAACGCCGGUCGCAAUGCCGGCAUCAUCUUUGGGUUCUGGUUCUUCUUCCUGUUCAUCUACAGCGUCGCCUCGGAGUUCCAAAAGGAUCCGAGCGCUUCUGGUGGCGUCAUGGUCUUCAAACGCGGCGCGGCACCCAAGGAGGUGGUGCAGGCGGCGAAAGCCUCGGGCGACGUCGAGGCUGGUGAUGCCGCUGGUCACGCUGACGUUGUCGACAGCGAGCAAGAUGCCCACGCUGAAAAGGCGGUUGGCAAGCUCGAAUCGUCCAACUCGGUGUUUGCAUGGAGGAACGUCAACUACGAUGUGCUGAUCAAGGGCAACCCGCGUCGUCUGCUGAGCGACGUGAGCGGAUUUGUGGCUCCAGGGAAAAUGACGGCUUUGAUGGGAGAGUCGGGCGCGGGAAAGACGACGCUGCUCAACGUACUGGCACAGCGCACGGAUACGGGUGUGGUCAAAGGCGUGUUCAGCGUCAACGGCGCUCCUCUGCCCAAGUCGUUCCAGUCCAACACGGGAUACUGUCAGCAGCAGGAUGUGCAUCUCGGAACGCAAACCGUCCGCGAAGCUCUCCAGUUCUCGGCGCUGCUCCGUCAGCCACGCGAGACACCCAAGGCGGAAAAGCUUGCGUACGUCGAGAACGUGAUCUCCAUGCUCGAGAUGGAGUCCUGGGCCGAAGCACUUGUGGGAGAAGUCGGUAUGGGUCUCAACGUGGAGCAGCGCAAGCGUCUGACCAUCGGCGUCGAGUUGGCGGCCAAACCCAAGUUGCUGCUGUUCCUCGACGAACCGACUUCCGGACUGGACGCCAUGGCAGCGUGGAGCGUGGUGCGUUUCCUUCGAAAACUCGCGGACGCAGGUCAAGCUAUCCUGUGCACCAUCCACCAGCCGUCGGGAGAGCUGUUCAACCAGUUCGACCGCUUGCUCCUGCUGCAAAAGGGUGGUAAGACGGUGUACUUUGGCGACAUCGGACGCAACUCGACCAAGCUGCUCGAUUACUUUGGCGAUCGUGCCGACAAGCGUUGCGGCGAGAACGAGAACCCCGCCGAGUACAUUUUGGACGUGAUCGGUGCCGGAGCAACAGCCACUACGGACAAGGACUGGCAUCAGCUCUUCCGCGAUUCGCAUCUGUACAAGGAGAUGAUCUCGGAGGUCGAACGAAUCGAUGCCUCUGCUGCGGACCACCACGCGACCGCCGAGGAGGAAGCGAUGGGGAUGCGCGAGUACGCCGAACCGCUCAGCGUCCAGGUAACGCAGGUGAUGCGCCGCGCUUUCACGCACUACUGGCGAGACACGACGUACAUCAUGUCCAAGCUGAUGCUCAACAUCAUCGCCGGUCUGUUCAUCGGAUCGUCGUUCUGGAACCAAGGUCAGAUCCAAACCUCUGCUUCGCUGCAGAACAAGAUUUUCGCCAUCUUCAUGGCGUUGGUGCUGUCCACGUCGCUGUCGCAACAGCUGCAGCCGGUGUUCAUCCAGUUCCGUGCGCUGUACGAGGUGCGUGAACGACCGUCGAAGAUGUACAGCUGGCCGGUUGCUGUGACGGCGGCGCUGGUGGUGGAGAUUCCGUGGAACUUGCUGGGUGGAACGCUCUUCUGGGCACCGUGGUAUUUCAUGGUGGGAUUCCCAUCGGGUUCGACGGCGGUGUUGGUGUGGGGACUGUACAUGCUGUUCCAGAUCUACUACCAGACGUUUGCAGCAGCCAUCGCCGCCAUGUCUCCGAACCCGAUGAUCGCCUCGAUCCUCUUUUCGACGUUCUUCUCGUUCGUCAUCGUGUUCUGCGGUGUAGUUCAACCCCCACCUCUGUUGCCUUACUUCUGGCGCUCGUGGAUGUUCGUCGCCUCACCCUUCACCUACCUGCUGGAAGGAAUGCUGGGAGCGGUGCUCAACAACCAACCGGUGCGUUGCGCUCCCCAGGAGUACAACCGAAUCACGCCUCCACCCGGCCAAUCGUGCGCUGCGUAUCUCGCCAACUUUGUCACCUCGCUCGACGGGCCCAACCUGGGCACGGGCUACUACAUCGACGGCCCCAACGGCUCGUGCGACUACUGCCAGUUCCGCCUGGGCAACGACUACCUCGGCUCGAUCCAGCUGAGCGCUGCAAACAGGUUCCGCGACAUCGGCAUCAUCUGCAUCUACAUCGUGUUCAACAUUGCGCUUUGCUUCACGCUCUUCUACUUUUUCCGCAUCUUCAAGCUUUCCAGCUUCAAGAAGGACAAGCCGAAUGCGAAAGCGACGACGACAGCAACGGAAGCAGCAGCUUCGAGGGCGGAUGCGGGCGCGGAAAAAGCUACCGAGGCGGUCAACUCGACUUCGGCGGCUGCAAAGGGUCCCGGCCACGAGGAUGUCAGCCAACCCGGAUUGGUGGCGAAUCCGUUUGGUGGUGCAGGUCAACACGGUGUGCAUGAUGUGCAGGCCAAGCAGUAG